CCUCCCUCCUCCCCAGCUGGAGGGGAAAGGAGCCCCAAGCAGCGGCACCGGGAGAGAGCGAGGCAGUAAGGCAGGCACGGUACAAGAGGGAGGGGACAAGUGAUCGACAGAUCCAAUGAGGAAACGGCAGCCAACUGGCUUCCAAGGAGGCUGGAGACAAUUGAUCUGCGGGAGCUGGCUCGGGUUCCCUCUUCAACGUGAGCAGGAGAAGCCUUAGCGUUGUAGUUGUGCUAGUCGCCCUAGCCGAGCCUGGAGCUUCGUGGUCGUCGCAUUUGCCGGGCAUCUCGGCAAAGCCAAGACUGGAAGCGGGUUCCUUGCUUUUUUCUUUUUCGCCGUGCCAUUAUUUCAUUGACAAGAAGCAAAGCGCUUCAGUCCGUCAUUCAGCCGCCGGCAACUCCCCACGUGGACUCCCGGGUGCGGAUCACAUUGGCAAGCGGGUGCUGCAGACUUCAAGCAGCAGCAGCAGCAGAAGCAGCAGCAGAGAGAGGCGGCUUUGCAGAGGAGUUCGCCGGGGCCGCUGCGGCUUAGCGAUCGUGCAAGUUGCGGGAACGGGCCAAGGGGAGAGACGCAGCCCGAGCUUUGGAUCCGGGACGCCGCGAUUGCAGGAAGAGCAGGAUGCCGGCAGCUGCUGGCGACGGGCUUUUGAGCGAGCCCACGGCGGCGAGCUUCAGCGACGACGAACCCACGACGCCUCCCCUCAGUCCGGAGGGGACUUUCCUGGCCGCCUGGGUCAACGCUUCGGCCUCCCGGGAGCGCAUCCGAGAAUUCCAGCACACCAAGCGGGUCGGCAACUACCUGAUCGGUCGGAAGUUAGGAGAAGGCUCCUUCGCCAAAGUGCGGGAAGGGUUGCAUGUUGUGACCGGAGAAAAGGUGGCAGUGAAAGUUAUUGAUAAAAAAAGAGCGAAAAAGGACACCUAUGUGACCAAGAAUUUGAGACGGGAAGGCCAGAUCCAACAAAUGAUUCGUCAUCCUAACAUUGCUCAACUGCUGGAUAUCUUGGAAACUGAAAAUAGUUACUACCUUGUCAUGGAACUAUGCCCAGGAGGCAACUUAAUGCACAAAAUCUAUGAGAAAAAAAGGUUGGAAGAGCAUGAAGCAUGCAAAUACAUCAGACAGCUUAUAUUAGCAGUUGAGCAUCUACAUCGGGCAGGAGUUGUUCACAGAGAUCUGAAGAUAGAAAAUCUUUUGCUAGAUGAAGACAACAAUAUCAAACUUAUUGACUUUGGCUUGAGCAAUUGUGCAAGUAUCCUGGGCUACACUGAUCCAUUCAGCACCCAAUGCGGCAGUCCUGCUUAUGCAGCACCAGAGCUUCUUGCAAGGAAGAAAUAUGGUCCCAAAAUAGAUGUUUGGUCCAUUGGUGUGAAUAUGUAUGCAAUGUUGACUGGGACACUGCCAUUUACUGUUGAGCCAUUCAGUCUGAGAGCUUUGUACCAGAAGAUGAUUGACAAAGAAAUGAAUCCAUAUCCUACUCAGCUUUCCACAGCAGCUGUAAACUUCUUAAAAAUUCUGCUAGAACCAGAUCCUGCAAAGAGACCAAACAUCCAACAAGCAUUAGCAAAUCGUUGGCUUAGUGAAAAUGGGAAAGCACUGAAUAAUGUUACUUAUCCAAACAGAAUUCAUCUACAAGACAUAAGUCAGAGCGUGCUGCUGUACAUGACAGAAAAGCUUGGCUAUAAGAAUAGUGAUGUGAUCAACACUAUCCUUUCAAACAGAGCUUGCCACAUGCUUGCCAUCUACAUCCUUCUUAAUAAGAAGCUAGAACGCUAUUCAGCAGGCGUAAAAAAAACUGAAGCUUCUGAUAAUAUGUGCACUAACCAAUUGUGUCGGUUGGAAAAAUACAAAUCAAAUAAGGAUUCCUAUGAGGACAAAAAAAACAAGGAACAAGAAGCAAAGGAUGAGCUUUCUCAUCCAUUUCUGAAGAAAUUUGAGAAAAGUCCACCAACAUACAAAGAGCCUUCCUCCUGCCUUACAACGCAGAUGCAAAACAAAAAGUCUCUGUUAAGUGAUCGAAGAGCAAGUCAUGGAGGACUGCCUGAAAAAGAUUCUCCUAGUAAUUUGAAUCCUUUCUAUGAAGCAGCAACAGGCAAGGUGGGCUGUGUCACCUCCUACUCUCUGGAAUACCUUGAAAUUCAGCAACCAGUUCCAAGAACCCCAAGACUCGGGAAACGACAAGAUUCACCUCAACAAGAGCCCUCAAGUCCUGGCAGUCAGAAUUUGGAUUCUCCUUUGAUUCUGAACAUUGUGCAUUCUUUUGAAACUGGUGAUCGAGAGGAUCAGAUAGACCAAGUCUCUCCAUCUCAUCAGUAUCAAAUGCUUAGCUCACCAGUAAAUUUUGGUCGAAGAAGUUCCAGUGAAAGAACAUUGUCUCCCCUCUUCCAGCCUGGGGGCACUUCUCCCAGUCCCACUAAAAGUCCAGGGCAUCCCACUCAACUUUCAUUUACCUAUGAUGAGAAGAGCAGCUCUUUCAAAGAGGAAUCAGUCUCUCCAACACAGCUGAAUGUCUCCAAUCCUUUGGGGAGCCCUAAUUGUGUGAAAAGUAGAGGCCGAUUCCCUAUGAUGGGCAUUGGACAGAUGAUGAGGAAAAGGAAUCAGUCAGUGGGAUCUCCCACAGAAAAGUCUCUGGAAGCAAGAAUGCCUCAGUUGCAACAAAUGAGCCCCACACAAAUUUCAUUCAGUAUCACAGAUCCUAUAAAUGGCCAGUGCUGAGCCAUUUUAAAAACCUCAAAUUAUUUAGUGCUGGUUUUGGGGACCCUCCCACUGAAAUUUACAUUCACCUUUUUUUCUGUACAGUUUGUUAUUGUAUCUAAUAAGAUAAUCAAAAGCCCAACUAUUGCGGCAUUUGCUCAUGCAGUUGACAAAAAGAUAAGUAUGUCAAGUGAUGUAAAGUGUUUUUUAAAACCUACAUAAUCUCACGUAGGUAGCGUUUGGCUGUAUUCUUAUAUUACCUAUAAAUAUAUGUAAACAAGAACACUCCAGGUUAACAACUUGACUAAAUGGUGAAAUAUUAAUUUGGUUAGAAUGCUACUUUUAUUUCUGAAGCUAUGAUUCUGAAUUCGUGCUUUUCUGACACCAGCGUUAUACACAUCAUGCAAAGGAAGAAAAAAAGUGUACCUUUCCCCCCUAUUUCUCAGAUAAAUUUGUCUUCUUAGGUACAUCCAGGAGGAAUAAGAAAUAGAGCAGAAAGAACUUGGAAUAAAAGCAAAAAGCUAGACAGAAUGAAACAUAAAAAAAAAAACCAAUUUUACUGUAUCUUAAGUAUUACAUCACUUAAAAUCUGUAUUUUUUCUAAAGAAAAGGCUGACUUGCAAAGCUAUGCUACCAAACAGAGAUACAAUCAUCUUAAAAUAAGGAAAUCUGUUUUCAGAUUUUAUUUUCACCAUGAGACUAUACUUUUAAAAAGGCUUAUCUUUUUUAUAUAGUUGUACUAUUUCCGUAAAACUGUCCAUAGAAAAGCUAUAUAAUCUCCGUUUUAGUAAAACAAUGUUAAAUAUACUUGAAAUUGUUGCUGGAAGACUUUGCACUGUAUUAAGAGGAUGUGAACCAUGAACAUAUCAGCUAUCCAUUUACAAAAGUAAUGAUCGGACAUUUAGCUGAAUAUUUAAAAAAAAAAUCAGCAGUAUCAUAAACCAGAAGGAUUAACAUUUUUGAAAAGUAAAUAUCUUCUGUAUUUUACAGUUCUUUUUAUUUCACAGUAAAAAAAAAUGUCAACAUAAAAAAUAGGCUUCUUUUGUGCAAAUAUUUGGCUGAAUUGUUGAUCAUAAUAAAAUUAGCCUGGCAGAACA